CCCCAGCUCCUGGAGUAUGAGCCACGCUCCGGGGAACAGGUCCCGCUGCUGCUGAAGAUGAAACGGAGCAAACUGGCCCUGGGGAAGGCCAUCGAGAGUGGGGACACGGAUCUGGUUUACACGGUCGUGCUGCACCUCAAGAACGAGCUGAACCGCGGCACCUUCUUCAUGACGCUGCAGAACCAGCCCGUGGCCCUGAGCCUCUACCGGCAGUUCUGCCGGCACCAGGAGCGGGACACGCUGAAGGAUCUGUACAACCAGGACGACAACCACCAGGAGCUGGGCAACUUCCACGUGCACUCCAGCUACUCCGAGAAGCGGAUCGAGGGCCGCGUGGCGGCCCUGCAGAACGCCCUGGACGAGUUCAACAAGGCCAGGAACGACUUUGCUGCCAAGGUGAGAGGCUGGGACAGGACCCUGGGCUGGGAUGGGGAUCCUGGGGUCGGGGGUUCCCUGGCCCUGACCUCCCCCGUGUCCCUGCAGUCCCAGAAUGCCAAGGCCGAGGGCACAUUCCAGGUGACAAUGCUCCCGGGGGAUGGAGUGGGCCCGGAGCUCAUGCACGCAGUCAAGGAGGUCUUCAAGGCUGCCAAUGUCCCCGUGGUGUUCGACGAGCACCACCUGAGCGAGGUGCAGAACACGGCGUCCGAGGAGAAGCUGGACCGCGUCGUGGACUCCAUGAAGGAGAGCAAGGUGGCCCUCAUAGGGAAGAUCCACACGCCCAUGGAGUACAAAGGAGACCUGGCGUCCUAUGACAUGAGGCUCAGGUGAGGGACAGCCCUGUCACCUGCCCGGUGCUGGGGAAAGUGUGUUAAUUAAUAGUUAAUGA